UAAAAAAAAAAAGGGAUAAAGAAAAUAAAAUUUGUCCAGCCAAGUCCCUAGAGUCCUCCUCAGUCUGGCCAUCGCCUUUGGAUUCACAGAAUUGUUAAAGGGCUGCAAGAAACUUGAAAGAUUAUCGAGCAGAAUGUCUUCAUUUUAUAGAAGAAACCGGAUCUCGGAGAGGAAGUGCUUUUUCCACCAUUAAAAAAAGUAAACAACAGGUCCCGAGGUUCGAACGCGAGACGAGGGGUUCACCCAGCCUGCCAACCUCGAGCUUUGUACUCCUCGGGCUCUCGAACUGACAGCUAACGGAUCAGACUCCCGUGCACGCACCAGUACGUUAUUUGAGUAACGCUUCCGCGUGAGCCGCGGACCCAAUAAAUGCACGCGCAGUUCAGUUCCCCUCCUUAGUCGCAUUUGGCUCUAGAGCGGAAUCGGUUAUAACUGCUGUGGGCUCACAGGUUUCUAAACCUCCGGCUCGGGUUAUUGAUAUUUCCCCUUUUAGUUCCUCCUUUAAUUCCCCGCUCCCAGCAGGAUGAGGGGUCCUAGGGAAGACUCCCGUGCGAGUUCUCUCUCCCAGCCGUGAAGGCUGCCUCCGAAAUGAAGAAAUUUUUCAAUUUCGGCAAGAAGAUGCGGCAAUCUUCAUCUGGCCGCUUCAAACUGCCGAAUUCCUGUGGGGUCCAAACACUCUGCCCCACCGAAGGAUAUCAGAUCCGGAGCAAGGAUCUCGGGAAGAUCCAUAAAGCUGUCAUGCUCGGAGAUGUAGCGAAGGUGCAGAAGCUCCUGCUGCUCGGAAAAAACACCGUAAAUGAGCUGGAUAAAGUGAAGCGAACACCUCUUCACCUGGCUUGUGCUAACGGAUAUCCAGAUGUUGUAUCUCUCUUAAUAGAGAGAAAAUGUGAACUAAACUUGUUAGAUAAUGACAGUCGAACACCUUUAAUGAAGGCAAUAGAGUGUCGACAGGAGGAGUGUGUAACAAUCCUGCUGGAACAUGGUGCAGAUCCUAAUCUUGGGGAUAAUAAGAAGAACAAUGCACUUCACUAUAUUGCCUCUGGUCAGACCAAAUUUAUGGCAGAAAAACUGAUCAAGCACAACAUUGAUAUUGAAGCAAAAAACCAGGAAGGCCUUACACCACUUUUGCUUGCAAUUACAACAAUGAACACUGAAAUGGCAGAUUUUCUCUUAAAGAAUGGAGCAAAUGUGAAUGCCUUGGAUAAUUGUAAAAGAACGGCCCUUAUGAUUGCUGUCAGUGUGGAAUCAAUAGACUUGGUCACUGUUCUUCUUCAAAAUAAUGCUGAUUAUACUCUCCAAGAUGUAGAUGGAUGGACAGCUGAGACAUAUGCUGAGCAGCAUGGUUAUCCUCUACAUAUUUAUAACAAACAAAUUGAAGAACAACAGGAAUGUCAUAAUUCCUGUCCACCCCAAAUUGGCUAUGAAGAGAAGCCUUCUUGGAGUGGAUUUGCUUUGGGUGUAUCAUUCCUGGACAAAAAAGCGAAAGAAAGUUAUGCAGAAGAUUCUAUAAACAACAGCCUCUCUGACAACCCAGGACCUGCCAAUCACUUGCCAAGCACAAAAAGUGAAUUGGAUUUUUAUACGGAGGUGAAAGAGGAAAACCAAAAGCACCAAUAUAAUAAAAUGGAAACAUUGGAGAGAAAAGAUAAUAAUUUCAAUGAAAACAGAAAAACUGGCAAAGAAUUAUUUUCUAUGGAGAUUCAUUAUCAGCAUGGUAAAGAUGAGGAAAAUAAAAUUCCCGGGGAAGAAAUUCCAAUAACAAGCAUUUCCUCUAAGGGAAAUUUAGUACCAGUGCACCAUGCUUUAAAGAGGUUUGCAAAGAUUACAUUAAAUGAAAACAAGGAUAAAGUGGAGAUGGAUACAGAUACUCUUGAUGGCUUCCCUCUGGACACAGGCACAGAGGAUUCUGAUUUUUCUACCUCAAAUUAUGUUCAAGGUGCUUCUUGCCUUUGGGAAGAUCAGAACAGAGUUCUUGCAAGUGAGUUAUCAGUGAAAUUUAAAAAGUCACGAAUGAUAAAAUUCACAAAGAAAGUUACGGCUUUUGAAAACACAGAGAACUGUACACUACUGGAAACUGAAUCUCAACAAAAGCAUCAAAAAGUACAAUGUGAGAGCAGAAAAAACAGAGAAAAACUACAGACAGAAAUUCAUUUCCCUUCCUGUGCAAGUUCUGCCACAUUUGUUCAGGAAUCUCAGGCAUUAAAACUAAACUUUCAGCAAGCACAAGAUGAGUGGCUUCCUUUAAAGGACCAACUAAUAGAGAAGAUUGACAACCUGUCAAUUCAGCUUUCUAAAGCUAAAGAUGAGAAAUACCAACUAUGUGAAUCCCUUAAAAUGACAACAUUAGUAUUAGAAGAAACACAGAGAAAAUUAAAGAGCAAUGAUAAAAUAAAAGAACUUGAAUUCAAAAAUUACAUACAAAAGGAAAAAUCAAACAGAUCAUUUUUCACAAAAGAGGUCAUGCAAGAAGAAUUAACCCAAAUGCCAAGGGAAAUUCAUGUGCUUCAACAACCAUUUGAAGAUGCCCAAAACGAAGGGGCCUUCAAAAUACUGGUAUCUGAUGAUAUCCAGGUGAAGUUUAGCGCUCGUUCCAGGAUUCUUACUGCUAACGUUAAAAAACAAGAUCGUGUGGAAAAAGAGAAAAAAAAGAAAGAGGAAAAAGAGUCAAUUGAUGAAUAUUUGCAUAUAAUAGAACAAAUAUAUAAAAAGGAACAGGCAGAAGAUGAGGAUACCAUAAGAAAGCUUCAACAAGAACUUGCAGAUUGCAAAAAUGAACCAUGCAUGAAUUCACAAGAGCUUAUAUCACUUUAUCAAAGAGUUUUGGAAUGGGAAAAACAACUACAGAAGGAAUUAGAUCAAAAGAAAAGAAAACUGCAGGAAUCCCAAGAACAGAGCAAACAGUCACAGCAAUAUAUUAAUGAAUUAGAAGAUUAUAUGCAAAAGCAUAAAAUGAAAUGUGUUACAUUUGAAGAUUCAGUCAAACAGCAAAUGGACAAAAAAGAGAAAAAUUGGAAAAAUAUUUUCGAUUAUACUAAUUUAACACAGGAAACAGAAAAAGAUAAUUUUAAUGAACAAAUGGAGUAUCAACUUCAAGGACUGAAUGCUGAACUCUCCAAAAUGAAAAUCUCAAAUGAAAAGUAUAUAGCAUCCCAAGAGCUACAGGAUAUGGGGUCAAGAUGGAGGAGAGGAGACAGGUCUUUAUCUGAGCUCUUCCUGGAGCCCCUCAGAUCAGCAACAGAUCAAACCACUGCACUGGCUUGGUGGGACAUAAUCCACAAGUAUUUGGCUGAUAACAAAUGUGGAACAGAAGAAAUUUGGGAAUAACUUAUGAAAAGGUCCAGAGAGAGAUUCAGCAGUAGAAUCACCAGUUCUUCAUUAUCAAUGAGCUAGCCAACAUAGUUAAUUGUAAACUUCCCAUUAAUGAGGUUAAAAUAGAUUUUUUUUGUUUUAAAGUUGUUUAACAAGGAGCAAUUAAAUGAUCAUUUAUUAAUUUAUUAAUAAAUUCCUCAGCAGAGAAAUCUCUUAAAAUUGGAUUGAAUGGGAACUUUCAGUGGUUCACACUGUCUCAAGGAACUCAGGAUUAAGAUCAAUCCCUUGAUUUUAUGGAAGAGAUUCCCCACUUCAUUGUUCUGCCCCAACACCUUCAAAGAGCAAUAACUAAGAAACUAAUAAAACUAAUAAAAUAAUAAGAGUAGAACCACCAGCCUUAGGGAGAGAGAUUUCCUAUCACAAUAGUAAGCAGUCCAGGCAUAUGAUCAUUGUGGGAGCAAUCAUACCUUAUUCUGAUUGAAGAAGACUCAUUUUAGUUUUACAUAGAUGAGGAAAGGAAAAGACUCAAUAUUAUGAUUGUCAGUUAUUGAAAAUCAGAGCUAAAUUUUCAGGAAGUUUUCUUAUUUAAAAAAUCUUUCUGUCCUUGUUGACCAGUUUUGGAAACUAGAAAUUAAGCACAGAAAUUAAGAAUAGGAAGUACUGGAGAUUUUGUCAAAAUAAAUCCCUAAAUAUUGAAUCUAAGCUGUAAGAAAUAUAUGCGGCAGGUCUCAGGCAACUAGCAAAAUACUUCCUUAACUUUGAUAUUCAAAAUAGGUAAUCUCCAGUACCCUCCUUUGGGGAAUUUUAUUUCCCCAUCCUUAACUUAUUGGUUAAUAAUAAUAAUUUAAUAAGUUAAGGAUGGGGAAAUAAAGUCUGUACUUUAAGCAUAAAUUAAGAGUAAAGGAUUUUGGAAUUUCAAAAAGUAAAUUUCUAAGAGCAUCUUAAUCCCACUGAAAUAGAAAAGAUUUAGGAAUCUAUCUCCCUGAGAACACACAAAUGUGAAGUAUUGAACACAGUGCUUGCCUUGUGUAAAGAAUGAGCACUUUACUAUUGAGACUUUAUGGGAAUCCAACUGAGGAAAAAUGCUACUGCAUUUAUAGGUAUUUUUUUUUCUAAAUGGCAUGGAAUGUUAACAAAAUUGAAAUAUACAUAAAUACAUACACACACAUAUGUGAAGCAUUUUAAUUAUUUCUAAAAACAGACUUAAGCAACUUUCAAGAUCUAUAAACUACUGUGAUUAGCAUGAAAAUUCCAGAGGGUAAUGAAAUGAUUUUCUAUGAUUUGAUGUUUGGUGAUGUUUUAAAUGCAAUAAAGCUAAAAAAUUUAAAGCAAA